AUGUCUGCGCAAGAACGCCGUUUCAAUCCGUACACGGAGAACGGAGGCACCAUCCUCGCCAUCGCCGGUCAGGACUUUACAGUCAUCGCUGGAGACACAAGGCAGAGUGAAGGUUACAACAUCCAGACAAGAUAUGCGCCAAAGGUCUUUCGAUUAACAGACAAGGCUGUUUUGGCCGUCAAUGGCUUCGCCGCUGAUGGCAAUAUGUUCGUCCAAAAGGUCCAACAGCGCCUAGAGUGGUACCAACAUGCCCAUAACAAGGAGAUGCCUCUACGAGCCAUUGCCCGUCUGAUUCAGACCAUGCUCUACGCAAAGCGCUUCUUCCCUUAUUAUGUAUACAACAUUCUCGGCGGCAUUGAAGACGAUGGCUCUGGCGCAGUGUAUUCGUUUGAUCCAGUAGGCUCGUACGAGCGCGAGGCCUGUCGAGCGGCAGGUGCUGCGCAAAGUCUAGUUCAACCUUUCCUGGACAACCAGAUUUAUUUCAAGAAUCAAUUACCUCCGUCGGGUGGUGCCCAUCCCAAGCACCUCCCACUGAAAGAGGUUUUGAGUCUUGUCAUCGACAGCUUUACAGGUGCGACAGAAAGGCACAUAGAGGUUGGUGAUGGUCUCGAAAUUUACAUUGUCACUGCGUCCAAGCGACCAAACGCCGAUCUCGAGGCGAUUGCAAACCUCAAGCAAGUGCCAGGUGGCUUUAUCGGGGGCGAGGAUGGAGAGAAAAUAUAUGUCGUCCGGAGGGAGCUGAAGAAAGACUAG